AUGUCUAUACCUAUACGUACCCUCAAAUCAUCACAACUUACUCCCUAUAUCCCUCUAUUUCUUUCACAUUUGACAGAAUCACCGAGAACUUCUGCCAGCUGGAGAGGUAUUGUGACAAGUUCAAGUUCAUAUCGAAAUCACCAAUACUUUCAAUCGAGAAAGUUCAGCAUAUCAACGUUGUCCAGAAUUCAGGUAAAACCUGGGAAAUAUGGUCAACCAUUGUCGAAAACUCAUCCCCAUCUCAUUCAGAUUGAUGAUCUCACACCUGGUAUUCCAGCUGGGGAAUAUGAAGAUAGACGAAGAAAGUUGAUGAAGAAUUUACCGGAAGGUGCGGUUGUAAUUUGUAUGGGUGGAACAGUGAGGUACAUCUUUUCCCUACUGAUAAGAAAGAUACUUAAAGUAGCUACUGAUUUCUUUUACUUGACAGGGUUCGAUGAACCAGAAGCCACGCUCGUACUUGAAUCGAAUUCUUCGUCUAGAGAUUAUAAAUAUACUUUGUUCGUACCCCCCAAAGAUACCCAUGAAGCUUUGUGGGCCGGAGAAUGUACUGGUGUAGAAGGAGCGGUCUCCAUCUUUGGAGCGGACGAAGCUCAUUCACAUACCUCCCUCAGCUCAUUCCUUCCUUCCCUGCUCCGAUCGGACCACGUAUACGCCUCUCUCCCUCCACUUCCUUCACCCUCACGAUCCUCUCAGCCAUUCCACCCUCGUCUGCCCAAAAAGAGAUCUUCGCUGUUGAAGCUUUUUAACGCAACUUCUGAUUCCUUUGGUGAUAAAGAUCCACCACAUCUGUUGAUAGCUGCCGCGUUGGCCGGAGAGAAAGCUAAGCCUUUGGAGAAAGAGGUACAGAGAUUGAGGGUUGUCAAAAGUCCCAAUGAGUUGGCAAGGAUGCAGCUUGCUGCUGAUAUCAGUGCAGCGGGGCAUGCUGAAGUCAUGAAGUUCGCUGAGCCAGGGAAAAGUGAAGCGCAACUUGCCGCGGUGUUCGAAUAUCAUUGUGCGAUGAACGGUGCAGAUCGACCAGCCUACGUGCCUGUGGUAGCAAGUGGAGCCAACGCUUUGGUUAUUCAUUACACACACAACAAUUGUCUUAUCGAACAUAACGAUCUCAUCCUCAUCGAUGCAGGAUGCGAACAUUCGCACUACGCAGCAGACAUCACCCGAACUUUCCCUGCCAAUGGGAAAUUCACACCUGCUCAGAGAGAUCUCUAUGAAGCCGUCCUGAACGCACAGAAAGAAUGUGUCCGGCGAUGUAGGAUAGAAGAUGGGAUCAGUCUGAACGAAUUACAUAGAGCUAGUUGUUCGAUGUUGACUGAAGAAUUACGACAAAUAGGUUUCAGACUUUCUCCAGGGGAUCUUGAAAGAAAACUUUACCCUCAUUUCUUAUCCCAUCAUUUAGGUUCAGACUUACAUGAUUGUCCCAGUACCGAUCGUUCGUCUCCUUUAGUCAAUGGGAAUGUAGUCACCAUCGAACCUGGUAUAUACGUCCCAUUCGAUAACUCUUUCCCUAGUGCCUUUCACGGAAUUGGGAUACGAAUAGAAGAUGAAGUAGCUAUAACUCCAAAUGGACCAUUGAUCUUAUCGUCCAAAGCGCCAAAAGAGAUCGAUGAUGUGGAACGUGCGUGUCAAGGGGAGAAUUAA